AUGACUGUGUACGAGAUAUCUGGUCAACCACAUUUGGCCAAACAAUCUCUAGCUGAAAUGGAUCCUAAUCAAUUAUCACCAUUAACACCUGAAGUGAUUAGUCGACAAGCAACCAUUAAUAUUGGUAUAAUUGGUCAUGUCGCACAUGGUAAAUCAACAGUUGUUAAAUGUUUAUCUGGUGCUGCAACAGGUCGAUUUAAAAGUGAAAAAGAUCGAAAUAUGACAAUUAAAUUAGGUUAUGCCAACGCCAAAAUAUUCGAAUGUGACAAUGAUAAAUGUCCUCGACCCAGACGUUUUCGUUCAGCUGGUCCAAGUAAAGAAGAUGUAUUUCCAUGUGAUCGACCAAGAUGUGGCGGUCAAUUUCGUCUUGUUCGACAUGUUUCAUUUGUUGAUUGUCCUGGUCAGGAUUUUCUUAUGGCAACUAUGUUAAACGGUACCGCUGUUAUGGAUGCUGCUCUUUUACUUAUCGCUGCUAACGACACUUGCCCACAACCACAAACAUCUGAACAUUUAGCAGCUAUAAGUAUAAUGAAUUUAAAUUCAAUAUUGGUCUUACAAAAUAAAAUUGAUCUUGUUAAAGAAGUUCAAGCAAAAGAACAAUAUCAACAAAUUAUUGAUUUUCUUAAAGUUAUUCGAUCAUUUGAUGUUAAUAAACCCGGUACCAAAGUUGAUGAUCUGAAAGGUGGUGUAGCCGGUGGUAGUAUUCUUAAAGGCAUUUUGAAAAUUGGUCAAGAAAUUGAAGUACGUCCUGGUAUUGUAUCAAAAGAUAAUGAAGGUCGUCUUCAAUGUUGUCCACUUCUUUCAAAAAUUGUUUCACUCUAUGCUGAACAGAACGAUUUGGCUUUUGCUGUACCUGGUGGACUUAUUGGCGUUGGAACAAAAAUUGAUCCGACUUUAUGUCGAGCUGAUCGUCUUGUUGGUCAGGUACUUGGUGAAGUUGGUGCAUUACCAGAGAUUUAUACUAAAAUUCAAAUAAUUUAUUUCCUUCUUAGACGUUUGGUUGGUGUACGAACUGAAGGUGAUAAAAAGGGUGCCAAGGUUGCUAAAUUAACUAAAAAUGAAAUGUUAAUGGUUAAUAUUGGUUCAGUAUGUACCGGUGGUCGAGUAUUAGCUAUAAAAGAUAAUUUAGCUAAAAUUCAAUUAACAAGUCCAGCUUGUGUUGAAGUAUCUGAAAAGAUUGCUUUAAGUCGUCGUGUUAAUUAUGAUUUUCGUUUGAUUGGUUGGGGAGAAAUUCGACGAGGGACAGUGAUUAAACCACAGGUGGAAAUACCUACAACAUGA